AUGAGCACGGCGUACCCCUCGCUCCCGCCCUCGUUCCUCCACCCGCACCAAUCGCACCACUCCUACUCGCACUACCAACCCUCCUUCUCCCACUCUCACUCGCACUCGGCCAGUAUCACCUCCCCCUCGUCUUCCUCGGUCGAACCGGUCACACCGGAAUUGGCGUCCCUUUCGGGUCUCCACUCCAGCAAUGAUCGUCGCAUCAGUAACGCUUCCAACGGCAGCAACGAGGAUGUCAUCGAGUGCAAAUGGGCCGAUUGCGAGGACACCUUCUCCACCCCGGACAAGCUGUACGAUCAUCUUUGCAACACGCACGUCGGGCGGAAGAGUACGGGAAAUCUCAACCUGACGUGUGGGUGGGAGGGAUGCGGGACCAAGUGUGUCAAGAGGGACCACAUUACCAGUCAUCUUCGAGUGCACACGCCACUCAAGCCCCACCCAUGCUCGGUCUGUGGCAAAACCUUCAAGCGCCCUCAGGAUCUCAAGAAGCACGAGCGUAUCCAUACGCAGGAGCACCACGCUCUUCACAAACUCUCCAAGGCGGCCACCUCGUCCGAUCCAGUCUUCAACCAGCGAGUCGGACCGGUUACUACCUCACAGCCCUCCGCACCGGUACCCCAGGAGCGUACCCGAGUCAUCGAGCACACCAAAUCCGCUUCUCCCACUCCUACCGCCCUCGCUCUACUUCACAAGAAGCAGCACGAGGAGCUUGCCGCUUUCCAGCAGCGCGAGAUGGCAAUGCUUCAGCAACUUGCCUACCAGCAGCAGCAGACCCAAGCGUAUGCCGCUCAGUUCGCCCAGGACAGCGUGCCGAAGGGGUCGAAGCGGGGGACGGACGAUGCGUUUGGUGAUCUUUGGUCGGAUAUGAAGAAGAGGAAGGUUGAGCCGGUGUACAAUGGCGAUAUGAUCUCCCGCCUGAAUGGCAUGGUCCCUCCCUCUUACCCUCAAUCCUCCAGCCUGCCGAACCACUUCUCGGCACCCUCCCAAGGCGUCCACAACCCCUACACCCAAUACUCUAGCUUUGGCGGCAACACCACCAAUUUCAACUCUGCGCCGGUCAUGUCUUCCAACCCCGGCGGCGGUGGCGGAUCCGACCUCGACUCUCUUCCCUUCCCCGAGAUCAAGUCGGACGACGACUUGGCCAUGUUCAACCAAUUCAUGAUCUCCCUCGGACGCGACGCCGCUAUUGGCCCUCCUAUGCCGCAAUACAACAACGUCCCCAUGACGCACACCGGUUCAUUCACCUCGGGCUUCUCUGGAAGCUCCAUCAGCAGCGACUCGCCCCUGUCUGAUCAAUCGCCCAUCGAGGACCUCUUCAACCCGGAAGAGCUCGCCUCGUUGGGACUGGCAGGUAUGCCCGGCAUCCCCAUGCUUCCUCCCGCGGCGCUCGGCCAGAACAUCUCGUUCGGCAACAUGUACCCCUCGCUCGACGCCACCCGGUCUCGCGCAUCCUCCAACCCCGACUUGGCAAUGAACGACUUUACCAAGCGUGCCAUUGCCGGUCUCCCUCGGAAUCACUCGGUAUCUACCACUCCUCCCAACUACAACCAGCAACAGGCCCGGAUGCCCCGGUACGACCUCAAUGUCCCGAGCUACCCCGAGCUCCCUAUGGGCGCGGCGUUCCGGACGACGGGGACGGACUUUGACUUUGAGUCCCUCGUUCGCUCCAAGCCGGCCAUGGGCGCCACCAUCCAGCCACGGGACUACCACAAGAAGACGUACCGCCACGUCGCGCCACUCGGAGCGGCCGUCUCGUCGCGCGGUAUCAACCGGAUCAACGAGUCGUCUCUCCGCACCGAGCUGGACCUCGAGGCGGACCAUGACUCGCAGUACGGCGAUGGCGAUCUUGGGGAAGAGGAUGAUGACGAGGGAUCGGCCAUGGCGGAAUCGCCCGAACAAAUGGCGACGCCCAAAAUAUCCAUCCGGUCACUCCUUACGGCCGAUGAUCUCCCUGACGGACCCAAUCUCGUCCUCCCCCGUAUUCACUCCCCGCACGACGACGACGCCGAGCACCACGAGCACCUCCCCUCGGUGCGCGAUAUUGAGGGGUACCGCCCGCCCGUCAAGCGCCACACGGAGGAUGAUAUGGUGCGCGCCGUCAAGCGGCUGGAGCUGGAUGGGCCGAGUAGACGGGGGUCGGUCGAGGCCGCUGCGGCUGCGGCGCUGGGGCUGGGGCACGAGGACGAGGAGGUGCAGAGGAGGCGGAAGCACGCUGCGCUGAUUAGGGCGUGGCUUGUGGCUGUUAAUUUGGAUUAUAGGACCAAGCGGAUGGAGAGGAGGAUGGCGGAGGUGGAGGUUGGGGCGUAA